GGCCCCCGAGCCCCGGCCAUGGAAGGCGCGGCCGGGCCGGCCCCGUCGGAGCCGCUGCCGGCCGCCGUGCGAGCGAAGAUCGAACGCAAUCGGCAGAGGGCGCUGUUGCUGCGGCAGGCCCGCCUGGCCUCCCGGCCCUACCCCGCGGCCGCCGGGGACGGAGGCCUCCCUACCAAGGCACCAACAAAGAUCGUCGAUACCGGAGGAGGAUUCAUUUUAGAAGAGGAGGAAGAAGAGGAACACAAAAUUGGAAAAGUGGUGCACCAGCCAGGGCCUGUUCUGGAAUGUGACUAUAUUAUUUGUGAAGAAUGUGGAAAAGAAUUUAUGGAUUCUUACCUCAUCAACAACUUCGAUUUGUCAACAUGUGAUAAUUGCAGAGAUGCUGAUGGUAAACACAAGCUUAUAACCAAAACAGAUGCCAAACAACAGUACCUCUUGAAAGAUUGUGAUCUGGAAAAGAGAGAGCCUGUUCUCAAAUUUAUUUUGAAGAAAAAUCCUCAUCAUGCCCAUUCGGGUGACAUGAAACUUUACUUAAAGCUACAGGUCGUAAAGCGGUCUCUUGAAGUUUGGGGUAGUGAAGAAGCACUCGAAGAAGCAAAGGAAAGCAGAAGAGAUAAUAGAGAGAAAAUGAAACAGAAGAAAUUUGAUAAAAAAGUAAAAGAUCUGCGCCGGGCUAUAAGGAGCAGUGUAUGGAAGAAAGAUACAGGUGCCCAUGAACAUGAGUAUGGAGCAGAAGAGAGUGUCGACGAGGACACGUUCAGAAAGACCUGUACGACUUGUGGCCACGAGUUAACCUAUGAGAAAAUGUAACAACUUAUUGUUUUUAAAUCGGGCAGUUUGAAAUAUUUUGUAUUUAGAUAAAGACUAGAAUUUUAGGGGUUGGGGGUGACAUAGAAUUGAAACUUUACUUCAGUAGCUUAGAACUGCGUUCACGUUCAUGCCAAAAGUGUAGGUGCCAUUGUUAAACACAUCUCUGCUGCAUAUCAAAAUUAAAAUAUUGAUCCAGAA